GGUUCGCGACUCGUGUGCUUCGUAGUUCGUUCAUCGUAUCGUUGUUGCAUAUCGGCGUCAAACGCUCUCAGUACUAUAGCGCGUUUCUUAGCGCUAGAUCUUUCUAACCUAAAAUAAAACGGUAUUGCUUCGUAUUUAUACCUCAAUAAUCCAAUUUUAAUACUCAUGUUUUCGUAGAUUUUAUUUUAAUAUUUUGUGUGUGUUGAAACGCCUAGUCAAGGCGUUCGUGAAGUGUAUUUUGUGAAAGAUAAAGUUAUAAAAAACGGCAAGCUGUGGGGUUCAGGGGCCUUUUUUUUGCCGCCGCAGGGGAUGUACUAUCCUGUGAGUAACGGCAAUGUCCUCGACACAGGAACACCGACCCUACUGCACAUGGUGGGAACGGGAAUGGCAAACCCGUUUCCCGCUGCGGCGGCGGCGGCGGCUGCGGCUGCUCAGUUCGCAGCCAACGGAGACCUCGCGGCGGCCAAGGCAGACGCCGCGGCGCAGCAGGCCUCGCUUGUCAAGAGCGAGGGGCCCCCCGCGCCCGCACCUCUGCCACCCUCCAACUUCUCUCCACAACCGCCCUCGCAGAACCACACACAAAACUCAACGGACACACUCAACAAUAGCACGCAAAGUGAAGGCGAGUCGUCGGAUGAGAGCAAGUCAGUGAACGUGGCGGCGGUGGUGGCGCAGCAGCAGGCCGCGGCCGCGGUGGCCCAGCAGGCGGCCGCCGCUCACGCCGCCGCCGCCGCCGUGAGCGCCGCCGUCGCCAGCUCCGACAAGAACCUCGUGCCCGUCUCGCAAGGCUCGCAGCCAAAGCGUCUCCACGUCUCCAACAUACCGUUCCGCUUCAGAGACCCCGACCUCAGAAACAUGUUCGGGCAAUAUGGCACGAUACUUGAUGUAGAAAUUAUCUUCAACGAACGAGGCUCGAAGGGAUUCGGUUUUGUAACAUUCGCAAAUAGUGGUGAUGCGGAGCGAGCACGAGAGCGUCUUCACGGCACCGUGGUUGAGGGCAGAAAGAUAGAGGUUAAUAAUGCUACAGCCAGAGUGCAGACGAAGAAACCUCAAGCAGUGCCAAACGUGUGUGUCCAGUGGCCCGAAGGGCUGCGGGUGUCGGGCAUGACGUGGCCGUGGCUGGGCGCGACGCCGGCGGCCUCCCCCGCGCCGCCGCUGGUGCUGGCGCCACGCGCGGCGCAGCGACGCAGCGUAUAUUAUGACCCCUUCUUAGCAGCUGCAGCUAGUGCUGACUCGAAUUAUAGACUACAGAUGGAUGAGAUUGAUCAGCUUGUGUCCGUAAGAGAGCGACAGAUGACUGGGGGUGUGUUGUUACAGACGGCGAAGCCGGCGACCGAGGCGGCCGCGGCGGCAGCGGCUACUGCCCCGCUGCUGAAGUCCCCGCUGACGAGCGCACAGCACGCCGCGGCUGCGGCAGCCGCGGCCAACUACGGAGCGGCCGCGCGAGCCGCCGCAGCAGCCGUCUCCGCGCAGACCACGCCCGCCGCGCUGGCGCCGCUGGCAGCCACGUACGGAAGAGAGUAUGCUGAUCCUUACUUAGGACACAGUCUCGCGCCAGUCACAGGCUAUGGAACCGCAGUAUACCGGAGCCAUUUCAACAGGUUCGCGCCGUACUAGGUCCGUGGACGUGUCAGCUAGCGACUCACGUACUCGAAUAUUUGCCGUCGUACUCACGUAUCAUGACAGUGAACUCUCUUUGUAAACGUUUCUAAUGAACAGGGCGACAGUGUCGGCCAGACUCAUAGUUAGUUAAGGUCCUCCCGAGCGAUGGGGCUACGGAACAAACAUACCAAAGUCGUUUCAACUUAUCAUUCAGAUAGUAUAAGUUCGAUUGUUAUAUAAUUGUCGUAAUGCGUAUACAAGUGCGGGCGGUGACACUCACCCGACGUUCAUUACAACUUGUUCGUAUAUUAAUAAUAAUUAUUAUUAGUGUCGUUUUGGAUACCUUCAUAUUGUUGCGAACGGGUUCCCUAGCGUAGUUGUUAAUUCGUACGGUUGACAAUAGUUUAUACCUUGUAAAAAUAUUUAGUGAGCUUUGCCCUUGCAUAUCAUAGUGAAUUUGUAAAUAUAAUACAAAAAUACACAUUUUACUAAACUAAAGCGUACGUUAUGAAUUAAUGUGUGGAACAAAAUUUGUAGCUUUACUAAUUCGAGAUUUCCUAACAGGUUAUCAAAUAUGGCUUUCAAAUUGACACCUUUACGCGAACACAGAUCGAAUAUUUUGCGGUUUAUUAUUAUUGUAAUAAAUAGUGUAUUCAUUGUGUAAUGCAUUUAGGUUCUGCCCCCUUUCCUCACCGGUACUACAAAUACUCCCCCACUUGUGCGUAUAAAUGUUUACUUUGUACUCUCGAACAUUUUGUGGUGCGUUUUCCAUUUUGUGCCAUUUGUUCGGUUGUUAUAAUAAUAUACUGAUACCAUAUUCAAGUAAGUAUAACUUAAUGUAAUAAGUAGGAUUCAUAGCUCGUAGAUCAAGCUCGUAACAAAAUGAGUAGUGACCGGCUUUACGAACUCCUCGUAACAUUGCUCAAGUGUAAGAUAAUCGAAUCGAACUUGUUUGCAAUUGAUAUGUUACGCACUUUUUGUAUUCAGCUUUCCUGUAUUCAUACACAAAAUAUACGGUAGAUAUAUUGAAAUUUUCGUUGACUGCUUGUUGUAAUUCAAUGUCAGACGAUCUUAAUCGCUAAAAUAUUAGGCACAGCUUUCACGGGUCGCUAGUAAAUAUUACACUGUUAUAGACAGUAGGUAAGUUAACAACUAACUAAAUUAGAUUGUCAAAUAUUUUUGUGACUAAGACGGUGUAACUUUACUGAAUCGUAGGUGUAUGCUUUAAAUGUAGCGUGUAAGAAAAAAAGAAUUACUCCGUGGAGUUCUUACAUAUCAUUGAGAUUUCUCCUGUAACUUAUGUUUUUAAAAACUAUAUUUUGUCGAAGGUUUCUAAUUUUACAGUGUCCAAACAUUGACUUGAUUUGAACAAUUAUUAAUCUUACGGGUCCAAGCCGCUUAGACUUCGUAACUAGAUUUAACAUAUUUCAUUAGGAUUGUAAAAUAUUUGUAUUGAUUCGCUCAACAUUUAUACCAAAGCACAAUUACCCAUCGAUUCGUACGCAAUCUGAGCUCUUGCGUGUCAUUGGUUCUCUUUCAUUAGAUUUAAUAGUCUUUCUUCGAGAAAAACUUCCGAAUCUUGGAGUCGUGGUUUAGUACUGAGAGGACGUCAUACUAACGUAAAUUAAGGAUAGAUCUGAUGCCACUCUAUCAGGUUUAAAUUAUCACUUAUGAUAAAUUUAUUUUGAAUUUCUUACUGAGUAUUUUUUGCUAAAUAUUAGCUGUAACGUAAUAAGGUUUUUUUUAGUACUGUAACCUGAUUGGAGUUACUGUAGCUUUGUAGCACACACGUGCUAAUAGUAUGUACAUUUUUUAAUAUCGCUUGUGAUCUUUAAACGUUUGUUACUCCGUUUAGUGAUAAUGAGUGCGGGCGCGAUAGCUGAGGCGGAUCCACGUUUCUAUCAUUUGCUAGAUCUGAUCACCGGAUCGAGAAUAUAGACAUGUGGAUUCGGCCUUAUAUAGUCUGGAAUCGCGGCUGAAGCCGGAUGAGUCUCGUACACUAACUAAGAGCUAACGGCCCCGACAACUGCUAACACACUAGGUGCCGGUCGCCGGACACUUCGUUCACUGUCUGAGCCUAGUGCCGGCCGCCGAAACAAUAAUCCCAUGACGUUUUUCUUGAAAGUUCUAGUCUUUUGCGCACAAUUAUAUAGAAAUAAUGGUGCUUUUUCUUAAAGAUUUCAUGUGAUAGCUACGAAUAAUUUGAUGUCCGAUUUGAUUGAGUUCAAUGGUAAGUUUUAUCUAUAGGGGCUGACGUAAGCUGUUUUGUGUCAUAUUAUCUCGAUCGAUCGUUUGUUCGUAAUUAUUUCGCUCGUCCAGUGGUGCCGCUGGCUUAUGUUGUAGGUUAUUUUUACUUUACGGUAGUCCACUCCAGUUGCAGCUUUGAACAAUAUCGUGCUUUAUUGCUAAAUAAAUACUCAAGCAUCAUUUGUAUGUAUUUGUAAGGGGUCUUUAUUUUAGAGUUUAGAUAAUUUUACUCAAUUCUACAAUAAGUACAUCAACUGAAGUACAUGUGAUCCUAUUGAUUGAUUAUUAUUUUAUAUUAGUUUUUAGUUAUCGAUAAAGAAUGUCACAAAUGAUCGUGAUUUUUUUUUUAUUAUUUUACUUGUACGUAAAAAAUAAACAGGGUGUUUAGGGUGAGUGUGUUUUGAAUGCUGGCUAUUUGCAAUGAUUUAUAUGUUAUACUCCCGAUGCUAAACUACCCUGUUUAUUGAAUAGCUCUCUCUACGUUUACAAUUUAAUGUCUUUUUAUUGAUUUAAUCUAUUUUUUUCGAGUUGAUUUUAAUGCAAUCUUUAUUUACAAAUCACACGAAAAAAUGAAUUGUUACUAUUUAAUUUUUUUUUUUUUUUGAUUUUUACAUGGAGAAAAAUCUGAAUUUACAUUACAUAUCUGACAAAAUGGUUAGUGUAAUACGAUAAGAUUUUGAAAUGAAAUCAUCAAAAUCAAAAUGUAUUAUAAUUAUUGUAAUCGUUAAUUAAGUAUAAUAAUUGUAUUUUUUAACGAGAUAGUUUCUCUAUGAAUUGUUAUCGGUCGCGAUUACUAUAAUUUCAACGCGCUGUGCACAAACAAAUUUUAGUCGGCUUGAUUUAACUGAUUGCUUGUAAUAUGUAAUGCGUGCGUGCGUGCGUGCAUGCGUGCGUGCGGGCGUGCACACUUGGAGCCUUAAGCUAUCUAAUCACAGAGCCUUUUAAACGUGCGAUCUAUAUAUAAUAUAUUAGGUGCAAGCCCACCACGAUAAUACCGAUGGAGUAAUAUUGUUAAAGUAGUUUGUUGUUAAGUAACACUUGUUUGUCUAUUGCACUCGACGGCGCCGCUCCAUUAGACGCAUAGAUGUAUUCUGAUGUUGAACUGUGUCUCGUUUCAGCAUCAAUUCGAUACAGAUAACGGCAUAUUUACUAGUUUAAUGUCAUAUUUUUUUAUAAAGCAACGACGCAACGCAACCUUCGCCUCUGGUUCUGAGUGGUCACUAUAUGCUAAUUAGUGUUGCUUGAAGAGUAGCGACGAAUACAGUCCACUAAAGUAUACGGCGUAUCAACCUGUGCUCAGUACUGUAUUCGGUGAUUAAUUUCGGUUGAUCAGUUGCAUACUUUAGCAGCUUGUAUUUGUGUGGUGGGCUAGUUGUUGCGUGGCAAUGAUGCGUUGCGUGCGGGGGCGAGAUCGCGGCUUGAUACACACACACACACCCAUGUGUGAUGUUAGACCAGUAUUUAUGUAUCGUGCUCAAUUUCCGUGUUUUGUAUGUUCGUGUAAUGUUAAAAUUUAACGUUUUUUAAAUCAUUGGAAUAGAGUAAUUUGAAAUCAACUGUUGUUAUAGUGUAACCUUGUUAUUCAUCUUAACGCCAUUAAUUUAACUUAUUUUAGCUAUCACACUGUUUAACGUCAUUUUAACAUUACGAAACAGUUCGAUAGAUAUUGACUAACGGUCGAUUUCAAUAACCUAUCUAUCCUUAGUUUAACUUACUAGAGGUAGACAACUCUAUCCUUUUACUUACAUUUCAAUAACCUAUCGACAGAUAGGAUUGGAUUAUAAUUAUGGAUAGAUAAGAUCUUGUCAUCAAGCGGUGAUAGCAAUAUAUCCGUUACUAGAGAUUCGUUAUUGAAAACGGCCGUUACUCUAGCUACGGAUAUAUUGCUAUCACCGUUUAAUGAUAACAUCUCAUGUAUCCAUAGUACUCAUGUAUCCAUAUCCAUGUCCAAAAUAGUUAUAGUCCAAUGCUAUCUGUCGAUAGGUUAUUGAAAUGUAAGUAAGCGUAAAAGGAUACAUAUUUAUCUACCUCUAGUAAGUUAAACUUAGGAUAGAUAGGUUAUUGAAAACGGCCGUUAAUGAACGAAUGGCGUUAUUAUGGAUGAGAGGGUAGAUGUCUUCGUCUUCCGUUCGACACAUUUGAUAGGACGAGCACGUUCCGAGGCGCGGCUCGUAAGUCGCUCUAAUAAAUUACUGUAAAUUGUUCGGACCAUGUGCACAGCCAGCUCUUUCAUACGACUUGUGAUAAUGAUACUGAAUUUUUUGGUGUGCGAUUUUAUAAAUAGAUUGCAGAGCUAAUUUUCUCUUUUAAAUGUAAAUAUAUUUUUUGUCAAAUGAAAAAUGUUGAAUGAAGUAAAUCAUUAUAGCCUCCGGCAUUGUGUACUCAUUUACGUUAAUAAUAAAUUAAAGAAUAAAUUG